GAUCUUUCAUCUCUUGUUUUUUUUUGUAGUUGUUUUCGUUAAAACUAAUAAUCAUAUAACUUGUAGUAAUAAUGUUGGGGUUGUGUCGUAUUACGAAUUUUCAUCGAGUUACUUCAAUAUGCGGCAGCGUAUAUUAUGCCGCUCCAGUUCAACUUGCGUACUCGAGAAUUAACAAUGCAAACAUUCAGAAAAGUUCACUUACGACUUAUACUCCGUCUUCGAGGCGACAAAAUUAUGGCCAUGGUUCGUACAAAACAAUGGUUUUAUCCAUGCUGUUUGGCAGUGGAAUGUGUGUUUACCUUCAUAAAGAUAAACAGUUUAUCAGAUGCCACCACAAGAACAGUGAAUGUGCAAACUCAAGCAAAUGGGAUGGCAUGACAAUCAAAUUGUACCAGUAUCAGACUUGCCCAUUUUGCACCAAGACAAGAUGCUUCUUACUUGCUCACGGGAUCCCAUUUGAAAACAUCGAAGUUCAUCCUAUUUUUAAAAAAGAAAUGAAGUUUUCAAAAUACAAGAAAGUACCUCUGGUUACCGUAGAGAAAAAUGGUGAAGUUCUAGAACUUCGGGAUUCCUCUCUGAUUAUCAGCAUUUUGUCAAGUUACAUAAUCAAUGAAGGCAUGAACAUUACAGAGUUGCUUAAACGCUAUCCAACCACCACUGUAGUUGGAGAAGAUGGUAAAUCAAAGCAGGAAACAUUAAACAAACACUGGCUCAUAUCCGAUGAAGCAGAUCUAGCAACUGUUGAAAAUGAUGCUAGAAAGGAGGAAGCAGAAUGGAGAUUUUGGGCAGAUGACUACUUGGUGCAUUUAAUUUCACCAAACGUCUAUCGAACAUACAGAGAAGCUUACCAGGCGUUUGAUUAUCAUGUAAAGCAAGGAAGGUUUAAUGGAACUUGGGAAGGAGUUGUUGCAAAGUAUCUUGGUUCAAUCGCUAUGUGGGGUAUCGCAAAGCGGUUAAAGACAAAGUAUGAACAUCUACUGAAAUACAAACUAGAUGAGAAUGUCAGACUUGAUCUGUAUAAAGCUUGUAAUAAAUGGACCGAAGCAAUUGGGAAAGGUAGAACAUUUAUGGGGGGCAGUAAACCAAAUUUGGCAGAUGUGUCUGUAUUUGGAGUUCUAUCAGUGAUGGAAAACCUCGAUUCAUUUCAUGAUGUUCUAACCCACACCAACAUUAAGAAGUGGUAUUAUAAAACAAAACAAGCAAUUGAAGAUCAUGGUGGACAAACUUUAAACUUAAGGACAACAACCUGAGAGAUCUUCUGGAUUAAAAUUAUUUACCCUGUAAUUAGGGUAAUACUAAUACUAAAUAUGAAUGCAUUUUUGUUUGAAGAUAGCUGUAUUUUCUUGAUUGCACAGUUUGUUCAGCAGUGUCUGGUUACAAGUUAAAUCCUAUUUUGUCAGCACAGUUGUAUUUGCUUUAAUAUCAGACUGUCCAUUUUCAGUACCAUAUAUAACAAUAUCGGCCAUGUUGAAAAAUA